AUGAACGCCUUCCAAGCUGGUACACGCGUGUCGUUUUUUGACGCGAACGGACAACUCGUAACCGGUGUCGUAGAAGCGACAAGUCGUCUCUCAGACGGUACCCAGAUGGUGCUCAUCAAGCGCGAUAAUGGGGGUACCGUGACCCUACCGGCGCGUUGUGAAAUGCUAGCGAGGUCGAUGGAUCUCAGGGUUGUUGCUUUCUACCAGACAAGACUUUUUGUGUCUAGGAGAGUCAUUGUCGUCUCAGAUAAUAAUCGUCACUCCUGCAUGAGCGUUAGAGCGGCUGAAUGCAGCCGUCACUACCCGUUGUUGAAAAUAGUUUUCCAUGAUCCUAUCCCACCCUUAAGGGAAUGGGUCGUAAAGUAUACCAGUACCCGUCAGCGCAUCAUCCAUUCAAGCGCCAUAGCAUCGCCUUCGGCGAAGACAGAGUAUCACAUUUUUGGCACCAUACGACGCGUAAAUGUGAGAAUAGCGCUCGGAGACAAUCGGUCGGUGUCGUCAAAAUGGUCCGCGGGGGAGUCGGGAAAAACAGGAUUGGGCGUUCCGUCACAGAGAAACUUUGGUCACAGCAGCCGGCAAAGGUAG